AUGGCGCCGUCACUGCAAACCAGCAAGUUGGCCUUCAUCGGCGGAGGCAACAUGGCCUCUGCCAUUAUUGGAGGACUGGCCAACCAGGGCAUCGACAAGCAGAACAUUAUCGUGUCUGAACCGUGGGACGUCAACAGGGAGAAGAUUGCGGCCACCGGUGUGCGGACGACGACCUCUAACGUUGAGGCUGGCCAGAACGCUGAUCUCAUCGUCAUUGCCGUCAAGCCUCAAGUUGCCAAGACAGUUUGCGAGGAGCUGGGUGCAUCAUGGUCUCAUCGCUCUACUUUGCCGGUCGUUGUGAGUAUUGCGGCUGGCAUCACACUUGGCAGUCUGCGGGAGUGGCUCAAGACGAGCGAGGGCAAGACGGCACCGAUUGUCCGUGUCAUGCCCAACACACCAGCACUCGUUGGCGAAGGCGCCUCGGGACUCUAUGCCGGCGAGGACGUCAAGGAGGAAGAGAAGCAGCUCGUUGGUGCUUUGCUGGACAGUGUUAGCAAGGCCACGGAGUGGGUUGACAAGGAAGAAUUGCUCGACGUUGUGACUGGGCUGUCCGGAUCUGGACCCGCGUACUUCUUUGCCAUGGUUGAGCACCUCAUUGCCAGUGCAACUGCUCUGGGCCUUCCGAAAGAGCAGGCUACCAGACUGGCCAAGCAGACGUGUUUGGGAGCUGGCCAGAUGCUUGUUACGUCCUCAGAUGAGCCUGCCCAAUUGCGCAAGAAUGUCACCAGCCCCAACGGCACCACCUACGCUGCUCUGCAAACAUUCGAUUCAUUGAACUUUGACGAAAUCGUUCACAAGGCCGUGAAAGCUGCUACUGACCGAGCCGCGGAGUUGGGAAAGUCAUAG